AUGGGCCUGGAGCUCUACCUGGACCUGCUAUCCCAGCCCUGCCGAGCCGCCUAUAUCUUCGCCAGGAGGAACGGCAUCCCCUUCGAGCUGCGCACCGUGGAGCUGCUCAAAGGCCAGCACAUCAGUGAUGACUUUGUCUAGGUGAACCCCCUGAAGAAGGUGCCAGCCUUGAAGGACGGUGACUUCACCUUGACAGAGAGUGUGGCCAUCCUGCUGUACCUGGCCCGCAAGUAUAAGGUCCCUGACCACUGGUACCCUCAGGACCUGCAGGCCUGUGCCCUUGUGGAUGAGUACAUGGCAUGGCAGUACACAACCCUGAGGAGAAACUGCCUCCGGGCCCUGUGGCAUAAGGUGAUGUUCCCUGUCUUCCUGGGUGAACCACUGUCUCCUGAGAUACUGGCAGCCACACUGGCAGAGUUGGAUGUGACCCUGCAGCUGCUUGAGGACAAGUUCCUGCAGAACAAGGCCUUCCUUGCUGGGCCCCACAUCUCCCUGGCUGACCUGGUGGCCAUCACGGAGCUGAUGCACCCCGCGGGUGCUGGCUGCCAGGUCUUCGAAGGCUGACCCAAGCUGGCUGCAUGGCGCCAGCGUGUGGAGGCGGCAGUGGGGGAGGACCUUUUCCAGAAGGCCCAUGAAGUCAUCCUGAAGGCCAAGGACACUCCACCUGCAGACUCCGCCACAAAGCAGAAACUGAUGCCAGGGAUGCCGGCCAUGAUCCAGUGA